GAAUGCGUGGAAUUGAAUAAAAAUAUGACUGAAAAAUGGUGAUAUAUUGUAUUGCAUUUGAAUGCAAGAAUGGGCAUGUUAAAGGAAAUGAAAUACCAUUUCACAGUUUUCCCUUCAAAAGACCAAAACUACUUAAGCUUUGGAUUGAAGCUAUUAAAAGAAAGAAUUGGAAACCAUCAAAAAGUAGUAGAAUUUGUGGUGCUCAUUUUCUAUCUACUGAUUAUUUACAAAAGCCAGGAUCGACUCAGAAACUUCUGAAACCAGAUGCUAUACCUAGCAUGUUCUCAUUUCCAUCUCAUCUAUUGAAGAAGGUGUCCCAGCGAAGAAGGAGAAUUAUGAAAGAAGAAGCGCCACCAUCAACUUCUAUCAAAGAAGAGAUUUCUAUAGAUCUGCCUUCAUGUUCAAGCCAGCAAAUAAUGAAUAUUGAUCUGCUAUCAACAUCAAGGCAGGAAAUGAUGGAUACAGAUCAAGGAACAUCAAGUCAACAAAAUAAGAACGAUUCUUUGACACAGACACCUUCUUAUUUUGAUAGAACAUAUUAUUUAAUGAAUCGAAAAGUUAAAACUUUGAGGCAAAAAAUUAGGAGAAGGGACACCAAGAUCUCGUCAAUGGAAGAUGCCAUACGAAGAAUCAAAUCGUUCAAUUUACAAUUAUUAUAAUAAUUAUUUAGCAUAUUUUACUGUUCGCUUAUCACAUGGUCAUAAUUAUAAUACAAUCAAUAUAAAUGUUUCUUCAUAG